AUGGGUCUGUGGCCCGAAAGUAACAAACCUGGAAUCUAUACGCUAUACUCUACGCUUACAAUUUCGCUUUACAUCAUUGGUCACCUAUUCUUUCAAGUGGUAAAUGUGUAUUUUAUAGCCCAUGAUCUGGCGUCUGUAGUUGCCACUUCUUUUCACCUACUCAUCGAAUUCCUGGCAGCAGUGAAGUCCUACUACAUAAUGAAAAACAUAUCAAUACUGAAGGACCGAAUUAUUACUUUCAAGAGCGACUGGUUCCAGCCAAGGAGUCCUCAUCAGAGAAAGCUCAUCGAACCGACGAUUUAUUUUUGGCAGAUGAUUUUUAAAGUAUGUGUGUGCAUGGCUUAUGGAUGUAACGCCUUCUGGGCUAUUUAUCCCUUGAUAGAAAAAUCAGAAGAAAAACGGUUGCCAUUUCUGGCCUGGUACCCAUAUGACUACAACAAAUCUCCAUAUUAUGAAAUCACGUACAUCUAUCAAGUGAUUUGUAUUGGGUAUCUGACCACAAUUCAUUUGAAUGUUGACACGCUAAUAUAUGCAUUCUGUGUGUAUACCUCUUGUCAGUUUGAUAUCUUGGCAGAUAAUAUCAGAAAUCUAGCAAAUGUGGAUGAUAGUUUCACUGAUAGUGUGCACCACAAUAUGCUAAAGUGUGUAGAACACCAUAAAAAUAGUCUAAGUUUUAUCGAAGGUUCGACGAAAUUUUUUAGUUGGAUUUUGUUUUGGCAUCUUCUAGUUAGUGGUGUUUCCAUUGGAAUAUCAUUGUUUCAACUAACAACGGUUGUCCCUCUGUCCAGCGAAUUUUAUUCAUUGGUUUCGUUUAUUAAUGCCAUAACCCUGCAAAUAUUUAUGUACUGUUGGUUUGGUGCGGAGGUGCAGACUAAGAGCGAAAAUCUUUCGUAUGCUGUUUUUGAAUCUGACUGGACAGACCUCCUGAAGAGACUAAAAAAAAACUUGCUGUUUUUUGGAAUGCAUUUGAAGCCUGUUCGAAUAUCUGCUCUGAAUGUGUUUUAUCAUUCACUGGAUACAUAUAUGAGGAUUAUGAGAACUGCUUGGUCUUAUUUUGCCCUUUUGUAUCAAGUGUCGUCUCUAGCUUAA